AUGGCUUUCGAUCUGGCCGAGAUACUCGCCGCAGAAGGCAUUACGCAUACCAUCGUCAUUGGUCACGACUGGGGCUCAUUCCUGGGGCAGCGUCUAUACUUUUGGGCCCCUGAGCGUGUCGCUGGCCUUGUCAUGCUGAAUGUCGCAUACUUUCCGCGCUUGGAUCGCGAUUUUGACUUUGACCAAUUUAACGCCACUGCUGAGCGCGCCACGGGUCUUCAACGUUGGAGCUACUGGGGGUUUUAUGCCUCUGAAGCUGCAUCUGCUAUCUGCUCUGCUCACUUAGAUAGCUUGUGGUAUGUAAUUCACUCAUUACGCGAAGAACUCCGCAGCAGCCUCUACUCCACCAAAGGCGCACUCCAGAGCUUUCUUGAGGACGACGAGAAAAGCCUUCACUGCGAUUAUCAGCUCGCGGGAAAGAAUCUGAAAAGAGAGUGGCUCUUACGGAUGGAGAAGAAUGGAUUUGAAGGGCCAUUGUGCUGGUAUAAGGCCAUAGUAGGCGGUAUCACUCCAGCUACUGAGAGUGAGCUCGAUCCUGAUCUUCUGGUUGUCAAAGUGCCAGCCCUGUUCAUUGGUCCUAGUAAAGAUCAGCUUUGUUUCACCAGUGCCAUCAGAGCACCUUGGGCACAAGGGUUCUUACCUGAUUUGCAGAUCAAGUAA